AUGUCGAAAGAAGACGAACAAAUUGAAGCGGUGUAUAGAGUCAUGUUCGCUCAACAGAGUCAGAAGGAUUGUUCGCCUUUUUCUAAUAAUGAUUGCAGCUCGAUGAAGGAGAAGCUCGCAACAGGAAGUGUGUUUGACCAGGAAGUGAAUGCCACAACAACUGACGAUGACGGAAUCCCAUCCUCUUCACAUCCCCUGGAGGCUAGAAUUUUGCGGAAGAUGGAUUUGUUUUUGAUUCCGCUGAUGGCAAUGUUAUAUUUUCUAUCGAAUUUGGAUAAGUCGAAUAUUGGUAACGCUGCCAUUGCAGGUUUGACCGAAGACCUUAAUCUCGUGGGCACGGAGUACAAUGUGGCUGUCACAGUUUUUUUUGGUACUUAUAUUCUUUUCGACCCGGUCGGUACAAACAUGUUGAAAAUAAUGGGCCCACCUACAAUGAUGAGUUUGUGCUUGUUUUCAUUCGGUGUGAUUUCACUGUGCACCGCUUGGGUCAAGAAUUACGGACAAUUGAUCCUUGUGCGAUUAUUACUUGGUGUUUUCGAAGGUAUGAUAUAUCCUUCGAUCAAUAUGUACUUGUCUCUGUGUUACAGAAGAGAUCAAUAUGCUAAAAGAUUCGCAUAUGUGUUUGCUGCAGCCUGUCUCUCUUCAUCAUUUGGCGGUCUGAUAUCCUAUGCAUGUGCAAAAAUUAAUGGAUCUUUGAAAGCAUGGCAAUACAUUUACAUUGUUGAAGGCGCAAUUUCUAUUGGAUUUGUGCCUUUUUAUAUUUUUGGCUUGAGUAAUGAUUUGGAAAAUUCAUGGUUUUUCAAUGAAGAAGAGAAAGAGUAUAUCAUUCAAAGAUUUAAAUCCAUGGAUACCUCGAAUCCUAAUGAAAAAUUUGAGUGGCAUCAGGCGUGGCUUGCCGUCCGGGACAUUAAAACAUGGGUUAGUGCAGUUGCUCUGUUUGGCAUUGAUUUAACUACCUUCGGCUUGACCGUGUUUCUGCCUAUCAUCAUCGAAACAAUGGGGUUUACAAGUAUCAGAGUUCAGCUUAUGACUGUGCCUAUUUAUUUCCUGACAGCCAUAGUGUUUUUCAUUUGUGCAAGGUUGUCAGAUCGUUGGAGGCUAAGAAGCCCCUUUAUUAUAGGUUCCUGUGUUACGACAUGUGUGGGAAUUGUGAUUGUUUUAGCUUCUCAAGUCAAUGGUGUGAGAUAUUUUGGUGUUUACAUAUUAUGCAUGGGAAUAUAUGUUAACGCGGCAACGAAUUGUUUGUGGCUAAGUGGAAAUAUUAGCAAUUAUUUCAAGCGGGCUACUGCGUUAGGAAUAAACUUAUUUUUUGGUUCAGGAUCAGGUCUUGUUUCUGGACAAAUUUUCCUCAAUUCUGAAAAACCUCGCUUUAUUAAAGGUUUAUCCAUCUGUUUAGCUUUUCAGAUUCUUUCCAUAAUUAUGACGAUCAUUCAAUUCCUGCUUUAUAGAAGAGAGAAUAAAAAGAAGGAAAAGAUAAUCGAUCAUUACCUCGACCUCAAUGAACCAAUUCCAUUCGAUCCUCAAUUAGGUGACGAGAAUCCCCAGUUUAGAUAUAUGUACUAG